CCAACGUCAUCGGCCGCAUUGACAGUUCCUCGCGAUCUAUAUAAAUGUCGGAACCACUGAAAAAGGUAGUAGUCGCUCGCGGAAUUCGAUCGGCCAUCCUUCAGCGACUCGCUCCGAUAACGAUAAUUGAACCGAACCGUCUUCGUCGCAAUUUUCGUUCCGCGAACGACUCUUUCGUAAAAUAAAAUAAAAUUUGUCGCGCAAGUACAUACGCGUUUCCAAGGACAGACGAAGUUCAACGGACGAUUUUCCGAAGUGGAAACUUGGCUAAUUGAAGCGUGGUAUUAUUAAUACUGAAAUACUCUCUUUCGAAAGACUCUUACGUGAAUUUAAAAAUAGUGACAAAAAUAACAAGACAAGGCAAGAUGGAGAAUCGUUUUCAGGGCAAAGCACCGGAAGACGAUGUAAUUGGGCAAUUACAGCAAAAUAAUAAGAGACCCUCAAUGUCUCUAAAUAUGGGCGGAUUAUGGGAUGUAGUUCCACGAUUGGAUCAUUACAGAUUAAGUCGUCGCGCGAAAAGGCCAUCUCUGAGCACUUUGCAUGAAGGAAAUCUUAUAAAGGUAAGGAAACUUAUAUAUUACAGUGGGAUAUAUUUCAUCAUAUCUCGUUCUCUUGGGCCUGAAUUUGGCGCAUCGGUCGGCAUCGUGUUUGCGUUCGCAAAUGCUGUAGCGGCUUCUGUGAAUACGAUCGGUUUCUGUGAAUCCCUGAACGACUUGUUAAAAACGAACGGUUUGAAGAUCAUAGAUAAUAGCGAGAAUGACAUAAGAAUCGUCGGUGUAAUAGCGCUCGUCGUUAUGAUACUUAUCUGCGCGGUCGGCAUGGAGUGGGAAUCAAAGGCACAAAACUUCCUUAUAGCCGUCAUCUUGGGUGCGAUCUUUGAUUUUUUAAUUGGCACUAUCAUGGGGCCGCAAAGUGAAGAACAAAAAGCGAAAGGUUUCAUAGGGUUCUCCGCGGACGUAUUUAAGGGUAAUCUCGGGCCGGACUAUCGAUUCUCCGAGAAGAACAAUCAAACUUUCUUCUCGGUGUUCGCCAUCUUCUUCCCAUCGGUCACCGGGAUUCAAGCGGGCGCUAACAUAUCCGGUGAUUUAAAAGAUCCAGCGAGCAGCAUACCUAUGGGGACUCUUCUCGCUCUGCUGAUCUCUAUGUUCAGUUAUGUAACUUUUGUCUUUUUUGCCGGUGCCGCGGCUGUCAGAGACGCAGAUGGUUUUGUGAACAGCACUAUUGUGGAAUGUAUUCCCAACUGCACGUACGGACUACACAAUAGUUACGCGGUCAUGCAGUUAAUGUCAUUGUGGGGUCCGCUAAUUUACGCGGGAUGUUUCGCAGCUACUUUGUCGACGGCGCUGACAAAUUUAUUGUCAGUGCCGAGACUCAUUCAGGCUUUGGGUCAAGAUCGAAUUUAUCCCGGGUUGAUUUACUUCAGCAAAGGAUACGGAAAGUCCGGGGAACCCUAUCGAGGAUACGUUCUCACAUUUGGCGUUGCGGCUCUCUUUCUCUUAAUCGCCGAUCUCAACGUAGUCGCACCGCUCAUCUCAAACUUCUAUUUAGCGUCGUACGCUUUAAUCAACUUCUGCACUUUUCACGCAGCGUUGAUUCGACCUCUCGGAUGGCGGCCUAGUUUUAAAUACUACAAUACCUGGCUGUCUCUAAUGGGUUUUAUUCUUUGCGUGGCGAUUAUGUUUCUCAUCGAUUGGGUGACUUCACUUGUCACCUUUGUCAUCAUCUUCGCGCUAUAUCUAAUAGUAGUCUAUCGUAAGCCAGACGUGAAUUGGGGCAGCAGCACGCAGGCGCAGACCUUUAAGACUGCAAUUUCCAUCGUCUACAGGUUGAACUCUAUUGACGAACACGUGAAGAAUUACGCUCCCAAAAUUCUGGCGCUUACCGGCCCGCCUGCUGCAAGACCCGCGUUGAUACACUUAGCGAAUCUCAUCACGAAGAAUAAUUCUUUGCUGAUUGCUGGCGAAGUCUUUCCGACACGACUGUCGUAUCGACUACGCUCCGUACGCCUGAAUAAUGGUUCCUUCUGGCUGCAACAACAACGCAUAAAAUCAUUUUAUCACUUGGUGGAUGACUUGAGCCUGGAACGAGGUGCUGCCGCGCUGAUGCAGGCUACCGGGAUAGGCAAAUUAGCUCCCAAUGUGGUCCUCAUGGGUUACAAGACUCACUGGUCGACGUGCAAUCACAGAGAUUUGCAGGAAUAUUUCAAUAUUCUUCACAAUGCUUUCGAUAACAAGUUGGCUGUAGCAAUCUUGAGAAUUGCCGAAGGUCUGGAUUGUUCUGGCAUCACGAAUGGAGACGAUGCGAAUGGUUACGAUGACCACGGAAGUCUCGCACAGAGUAGCUAUAAUUUGGCGGGGAACACUCUAAUGCACGCCGACAGCAAUCUCUCCAUGAGCACGCAGAUUCCCAGAGUACAAAGCGUUCCGACAAUAGGUACCCCAUUUUCCACACCCGAUACGACACCUGUGAUCGGAUAUUCAGCGAUACAUUGGAAAGCUCAAGAAAAUUUAAAACAGAAGAAAAAACACGCUGUUGAUAAACUGCUCGAGAGACGAAACGGCGGAAUGGCUUCCAUACCGGAAAAUGUAACAAUUUUUCAACAGAAGUACAAAAAAGGAACCAUCGACGUAUGGUGGCUAUAUGACGACGGAGGUUUGACAAUUCUCCUACCGUAUAUAAUCAGCACGCGCUCAAAUUGGAAACACUGCAAGAUGAGGAUAUUCGCUCUGACCAAUCAUAAGCAUGACCUCAGCGCGCAAGAAAAAGAAAUGGUUGAGAUAAUGAGUAAGGCACGAAUUAACUACAGCAGCCUGAAGAUAGUAAAUGACAUCGGCGUUGAAUUAAGAGAGGAGACGCGGUCUUUCUUCGACAAAUUAAUAUCCGACUUUCGGAUAAACGAUUCUUCCGAAAAUGGUGAAUGUUAUAUUACUGAUCAAGAGCUUCAGACUCUACGAGAAAAAACGAAUCGGCAACUGCGACUGCGAGAAUUAUUAUUAGAAAACUCGAGUCAGUCCACCUUGGUAGUUAUGUCUUUACCAAUGCCAAGGAAGGGUGCAGUUUCAGCGCCCUUAUACAUGGCUUGGUUGGAAACACUUACGAGGGACAUGCCACCCACGAUUUUAGUCCGCGGAAAUCAUACAUCUGUAUUGACAUUCUACUCGUAGUCCACCGAGCAUAAUCUAAUUAUAUCUGAAAUUUACUGUCCGUUUUUGCCAAGUUUGGAAAAUGGGCUUGUAUCGUCCAUAUCGGAACAAAGAAAUGGACGAAACGACGUGAUUGGAGGUUUUGAUAGCCUACAACUGAUAAAGUUGCCGAACUCGAAGAUUGUAAUGACGAGCACAACAAAAGGACCUUACUGGAGCUCAACCAUCGAUAUGACCCAGCAAGAUUCUCGAAUAUGUGCGAAUAUGACUUAUAAUUAGCUGUCCUAUGUGAAGAAUAUGCUAAUGAACAUUAACGAUAAGAAGAUAGUGAGAAAAGAUUCGAGUCUUUUGGCAGAAUGAGCGAACGCUUUAUCUCUGAAUCGAUCGAUAAAUGGUGAAGACAUUCUCCAACCCAACGAAAUCCCAGUUUGACAAGAAUAGUGUGAGAUAUGCCAACAAUCAAAUUUUGGCAGAAAAAACUAGGAAUAAUAAAAAUAGAAAUGUUUUGAGAAAGACAUAAUAGUGAAAUAGUGAGGAUUGAGAAAUGGAAAGAAGAAUAAUGAAGCAGGAAGAAAAUAGGGACAUAUUUUAUAGAAAAGUUUCAUUGUGAUCGAAUAGGAUUGCUCGGAUUAGAAAUAUAAUAUAGAAUUAGCGCUAUUAUUGUAAAUAACUUGGCUAUUUUUUAUUAAGUUUAAAAAUGUA